AUGGAAACGUCAAAGGUAAUAUCUGCUACAGAUGCAAAUGAAACAAAAACUGAGAAACGUUCGACGGUCAAACUUGAUGCUAUUCGUGAUAUUGAAAAACAAAUGCAAAAAUUAUGGGCUGAUUUGAAAAUAUUUGAAGUUGAUGCACCUGAUCGUCCUGCUAAUAAUUCGAAUACAUUUUUGGUAACAUUUCCCUAUCCAUAUAUGAAUGGUCGUCUUCAUUUGGGACACACAUUUUCAUUAUCCAAAUGCGAGUUUGCUGUUGGUUUUCAACGUCUUCGUGGUAAACAUUGUCUAUUUCCAUUUGGAUUUCAUUGUACAGGCAUGCCUAUUCGAGCUGCUGCCGUUAAAUUAAGACGUGAAUUAGAAGAAUUUGGCUUUCCACCGAAAUUUCCUACCAAUGCAGUGGAAGAAAUUGAAGAAGAAGAAGAAGUAAUAACACGAAAAGAAAGUGAAAGUAACAAAGUCGAUAAUAAAUCGAAGACAGUAGCUAAGAUUGGUGGUGAAAAAUAUCAAUGGCAAAUAAUGCGUAGUCUAGGAAUCAAAGAUGAUGAAGAAAUUCGACGAUUUGCUGAUCCACAAUAUUUGAUUUCUUAUUUUCCACCUCAUGUUAAACGAGAUCUUGAAAUGAUGGGCUUAAAGGUUGAUUGGCAUCGUUCGUUUGUUACAACUGAUAUUAAUCCAUUUUAUGAUUCAUUUAUUCGUUGGCAAUUUCAUCAUUUAAAGCAAGGUGGUAAAAUUCAAUUUGGCAAACGAUACACAAUUUAUUCACCUAAAGAUGAUCAACCAUGUAUGGAUCAUGAUCGUAGUUGUGGUGAAGGUAUCGGUCCACAAGAGUAUACAUUAAUUAAACUUCGUAUUGAUGAUAAUCAUAUACCAGAAAAAUUAAAACCUCACGUAACAUCAUCAACAACUGUUGUUUAUUUAGCUGCUGCUACUCUUCGACCUGAAACAAUAUAUGGUCAAACAAAUUGUUGGCUUCAUCCAGAUAUUCAUUAUGUAGCAUUUGAAACACGUUUACAUGAAAUUCUUAUAUGUACACGACGUGCCGCUCGUAAUAUGGCUUAUCAAGAAUUUACUAAUGUCUAUGGUCAAUAUGCUGUCUUAGCUGAAUUUUUUGGUUCAGAAUUAUUUGGAUUACCAUUACAUGCACCACUUUCACAUUAUGAAACAGUUUAUGUAUUACCUAUGAUGACAAUUAAAGAAGAUAAAGGUACAGGUGUUGUUACAUCAGUACCAAGUGAUUCACCAGAUGAUUAUGCUGCUUUAAUGGAUAUUAAAAAUAAGUCUAAUUUACGAGAAAAAUAUAGUAUUAAAGAAUCUAUGGUAUUACCAUAUGAUCCAGUAGCAAUUAUUGAACUUGAACCAUAUGGUUGUCUUGCAGCACCUACAAUUUGUAGUCAAAUGAAAAUUCAAUCACAAAAUGAUCGUGAUAAAUUAUUAGAAGCAAAAGAAAAAAUUUAUACAAAAUCAUUUUAUGAUGGAAUACUUUUAGUAGGUAAAUAUGCAAAUACAAAAGUAUCUGAUGCUAAAAAACUUGUUCGUGAUGAUUUAAUUACAAGUGGACAAGCAUGUGUUUAUUAUGAACCAGAAGGUAAAGUUAUUUCACAAUCAAUUGAUGAAUGUGUUGUUGCACUUGUUGAUCAAUGGUUUCUUGAUUAUGGUAAUGAAAAAUGGAAACAAAAAGUUAAAUGUGCAUUAGAUAAAAUGAAUGUUUAUCAUACAGAAACACGUCAUCAAUUUGAAGCUGUUUUAACUUGGUUACAUGAACAUGCAUGUUCACGUUCAUAUGGUCUUGGUACAAAAUUACCUUGGGAUGAACAAUAUUUAAUUGAAUCAUUAUCUGAUUCAACUAUUUAUAUGACUUAUUAUACUGUAGCUCAUCUUUUACAAGCACGAGAUGCUUUUAGUGGUGAAAAAUUAGGUCCAGCAAAUAUUCUUCCAUCUCAAUUAACAAUCGAAGUUUGGGAUUAUAUAUUUUUUCCUGAAAAAUCUUAUCCAUCUUCAACAACAGAUAUUCCUCGUGCAACACUUGAUCGUCUUCGUAAUGAAUUUCAGUAUUGGUAUCCAGUAGAUUUACGGUCAAGUGGAAAAGAUUUAAUUCCAAAUCAUCUUACUUAUUCAAUAUAUAAUCAUACAGCUAUUUGGCCUAAUCAUCCUGAAUUAUGGCCACGAGCAUUUCGUGCUAAUGGGCAUUUAUUAUUAAAUUCAGAAAAAAUGUCCAAAUCAACUGGCAACUUUUUAACAUUAGCUCAAGCAAUUGAAAAAUUUUCCGCCGAUGGUAUGCGUUUUACAUUAGCUGAUGCUGGUGAUUCAAUUGAAGAUGCAAAUUUUGAAGUAGAAAUGGCUGAAGCACAACUUUUACGUCUUUAUACGUUUAUUGAAUGGGUUAAAGAAGUGCUUGAUAUUAAUUUAGUAGAUAUCGAAGAAGAAAAUGAACGAAGAAAAUCAUCGGAAGAUAAUACAACAGUGAUUUCAUCAGUUAUUAAUUGGAUUAAGGAUAAACUACAUCUUUCAACUAGUUCAGAUAGUGCAAAUGGAGAAUUUACUAAACAACAAGAAACAAAUUAUCAAACAGAUACGAAAUAUAAUUAUUAUGACCAUGUAUUUGAAUCUGAAAUCAAUCGUGCAAUUCAAUUAACAGAAGAAAGUUAUGAAAAAAUGUUAUAUAAAGAUGUUCUUAAAUAUGGAUUUUUUCAAUUACAAAUAGCACGUGAUAAUUAUCGAGAAUUAUGUUCGAAAUCUGAACAAAUGAAUUUACAUUUAAUUAAACGAUUUAUUGAAAUACAAGCUAUUUUAUUAUCGCCCAUUUGUCCACAUAUAUGUGAUUAUGUUUAUCAAUUUCUUCAUCCUGGAACAACAAUUAUGAAUGCUAAAUGGCCAACAGCUGGUUCGAUAUGUUGUCGACGAUCAAAUUUAAUUAAUAAUUCAAUUGAUUAUCUACCAGAAAGUUAUACUGUACGUGAUAUAAUUAAAUAUAAAUAUAGUACAAAAAUAUCUAAACGUCUAGCUUGUUAUAAUUAA